GGGGGGGGGGGGGGGGGGGGGGGGGGGGGGGGGGGGGGGGGGGGGGGGGGGGGGGGGGGGGGGGGGGGGGGGGGGGGGGGGGGGGGGGGGGGGGGGGGGGGGGGGGGGGGGGGGGGGGGGGGGGGGGGGGGGGGGGGGGGGGGGGGGGGGGGGGGGGGGGGGGGGGGGGGGGGGGGGGGGGGGGGGGGGGGGGGGGGGGGGGGGGGGGGGGGGGGGGGGGGGGGGGGGGGGGGGGGGGUAUGGAUGACGGAAGGCAGCAUGUCAAAUAGGUAUGGUGCAACAAAGCUAGCUGAGGAUGAUCUUCCUUCUCGCUACUACACACUGACAACCGACACGGACAACCGGUAUGCUGCUCAGAGCACUCCGGAGCUCUGCGUCUUCCUUAUUCAAGCUUUGUAUCAUUAG